AUGGAGAGCAAGCGGGUGCUGGUGGUGGGCGGGAGCAGCUACCUCGGCCAACACCUCCUUGUCGCACUCGCCGCAGGGGCCGCGCCACGGGCGCUGCUCAACGCGCUCCCCAGCGUCCGCGCCUUCUGCGCCGACCUCCGCUCAGGAGACGGCCUCGAGGCUGUCUCCGCGUCCUUCGGACAGGUACGCUCAGCUCCCCUCCCCAUUCCGCGAGUGCCCCAUUUCGUCCUGGCCGUGUAG